AUGUGGGGGUUGAGGGAAGGGUGGUGUUGUAGUGAGGUUGGUUAUGGGGUUGUGUGGGUGUGGGGGGGGGUGGUGGUGAGGGUGGGUUUGUUGGAGGGGGGGGAUGAAGUUUUUUGUUGUGGAUUGAGGGGAAGAGGGGAGAAUGUGGAGGUAGUAGGUGUUGAUUUGGUGGGGGGUGGUGUGGUUGAUUGGUUGGUGGGUAGGGGAUUUGGUAGGGGGGGUGGGGGGGGGUGGGGGGUGGGGUUGGGGGGGGGGUGUGUAGUGGGGUGGGGGGGGGGGGUGGUUUGUUGGGGAUUUUGUUGGAGGGGGGUAAUUGGUGGGGGGGGUGGUGUGGGAUGUGAUGUGUGGGGGGUGGUGAGGUUUGGGUGUUGUGAGUUGGUGAUAAGAAGUAUAGGUGGGGAUGGGGGGGGGUUGGGGGGGGGGGGGUUGGUAGGUGGAGAGGGUGGUGGGGUUGGGGUGUGUGGGGGUGGGUGGGGGGGGGGGGGGGGUGGGUGUGGGUGUUGUGUGGGGGGUGGGGGUUUGGUGGUUGUUGUGUGGGGGGGGGGGGGGGUGGGUUGGGGGGGGGUGGGUGGGGUGGUGGGGGUGUGGGUGGGGGGGGGGGUUGUGUUAUGGUGUUGGGUGUGGGGGGGUGGGGUGGGGGUGGGUUGGGGGGGGUUUUUGGUGUUGAGGGGUUGGGGGGGGUGGAUUGGUGUGGUGGGUGAUGUAUGGGUUGGGGAAAGGGGGGGUGGGUGGUUUGUGUUGUUGUGGGUGGUGGGGGGGGGUUGGGUUGGGGAGGUUGGUUGGGUGUGGGGGUUGGGGGGGGUGUGGUUGGGGGGUUGGGGGGGUGGUUUGGGUGUGGUGGUUGUGGGGUGGUGUGUGGUGGGGGGGGGGGGGGGGUUGUGUGUUGGGGUGUGGGUGGGGAUGGGGGUGUUGUGGGAGUAG